AUGCCCAAACGAAAAGACCUCCAACCCAUCUCCGAAGACACGCCCAUGGCCGACUCCGACUCCGACUCAGACACCGAGUCGCUCGACAUCGUCAACGUCGACUUCGAGAUGUUCGACCCGCAGCCCGCGCACGACUUCCACGGGCUCAAGACGCUGCUGCGCCAGCUCCUCGACGCCGACAACACCCUCUUCGACAUCUCGGCGCUCACGGACCUGAUCCUGUCGCAGCCGCUACUCGGCACCACCGUCAAGGUCGACGGCAACGAGAGCGACCCGUAUGCGUUCCUCACCGUCAUCAAUAUGCAGGAACACCAUGACAAACCGGUGAUCCAGCAGCUCCGCGACUACCUCAUCUCCCGCGCGCCCGCCGACCUCAAGACACAGCUGCAGACGCUCCUCUCCCCCGCGGCCGCCACGCACACGGGCCUCAUCCUCACCGAGCGGCUCAUCAACGUGCCCACCGAGAUCGUGCCGCCCAUGUACAAGAUGCUGCUCGAGGAGAUCACGUGGGCCGUCGACGACGGCGAGCCCUACCGCUUCAGCCACUUCCUGAUCGUCAGCAAGACGUACACGGAGGUUGCGUCGAAGCUUGACGACGACGCGCCGCGGGCCGCCAAGAAGGGCAAGACGGGGAAGAAGGGUGGGAAGAAGGGGGGCGGCGGGGAGGUUUUCUACUUCCACCCCGAGGACGAGACCAUCAUGAGGAAGGCGAAGGCAUGCGGCGGCUAUGCGUAUGUGAAGGAGGCGGAUGAGGGCGCGGCGGACAGUAAGCGCGCGUUUGGCGAGUUUGGGAUUGUGCCGAGGGGCCAUAUGAUGUUGGUUGAACAGUAG